CUGGAUUUACCCUCACGGAUGACGUUGGACGACUUUUCUAACCUCGGUCUUUGCUUUGAGCUUUCCACCGACGAACAGUGAAAAUUCCAACUUCACAUACAACUAUAAAAGUAAAUUUAAAUUUCAAAAAAAGUAAGAGAUGGAGGGGAGGACAAAUUUUUUUUUUUUUUUUUGGUAUACUGGGCCUACAAUCUUUAAUUUCCUUGGACUGUCGCGAGCCCUUUGCUUUCUAAAGUAAGAACAUCAAUGGAAAAAUGAGCCACAAAUUCACAUUGGACGAAGACUUUCACUAAAGCAAGUCUAAUCCUAUCCAAUCAAAUGAUGAUGUCCCUGGGCAUCUUCUUUGCAACUGCAUUGAGCAGUGGUAACGUCACCCAGAUGGACUUGUUAGCUAGGUCACUCAUAUGCUGUGAUUGGAUUAAUAACAUUGCUCGAAAGUAACAUGCCCAAUAUUGAUUGGUGGGUGUUAUAGCUAGGUCCUCUACAGGUGAGAGACUUUUUCUAGCUCAUUGUAUUCGAUAUGAACAAUAAUACUAGUACUACUACUUUCUUCUUUCCAAGUUCCAAACUUACCAUUUCUGCUAUUUUGCAUUAUUGAGAGCAUAUACUACACACACUCUUUGAUCUGAUCAGCUAUACUCGAGUGACAAUGGCGGACGCACUUCUUCAAGUUGUUCUUGACAAUCUGAACUCCAUGAUCCAACGGGAGAUAGGAUUGCUGUGGGGUGUUGAUAAGGAGAUGGAAAAGCUUUCCAGCACACUCUCUACAAUCAGGGCAGUUCUUGAAGAUGCUGAGCUCAGACAGCUGCAAGACGGAGCUAUCAAGAUUUGGUUGCGGAAGCUCAAACAAACAACUUACCAUAUAGAUGACGUCUUGGACGAGUGUGCAACUGAAGCUGCCCGAUUGAAGGAGUCUAAGCGCCAAACUCUUGAUAAGGUACGCGGCUGUUUCUUAUCUUGUUAUUCUCCUGUAGACAAUGUUCUGUUUCGUCAUAAGAUUGGGAAUAAAAUGAAGGAGAUUAAUGAGAAGUUGAAUGCAAUUGCUGAGGAUCGGAGAAAUUUUCAUUUGCAUGAGGUGGUUGUGGCGAAUCGAGUUGGAAUUCCUGAAUGGCGUGAAACCAGCUCUCUUUUAACUGGACCACAUGUGUAUGGGAGAGAAAAUGAUAAAGAAAGUAUCAUUGAACAGCUGGUGAAGCAUGCAAGUGAGUGUGAGGAUGUUUCCGUCCUUCCUAUACUUGGUAUUGGAGGGCUCGGAAAAACAACGCUUGCCCAACUAGUGUUCAAUGAUCAGAGGGUAAGUGAGCAUUUUGAGCUAAAAAUUUGGGUUUGUGUUUCCGAAGAUUUUGAAAUUAAGAGGGUCAUAAAAUCAAUUCUAGCAUCAAACAAAUCUUGCGAAGACUUAGAGCUAGAUCAUCUCCAAAGACAACUUCGAGAUAAAUUGAAUGGAAAAAGAUAUUUGCUUGUUUUAGAUGAUGUGUGGAACGAUAAUCAAGAAAAGUGGGACAAGUUAAAAUGUGUACUCGCAUUUGGAUCAAGGGGCGCUUCAAUUGUCAUCACUACUCGUCUUGAAAAUGUGGCAUCAAUUAUGGGAACGCUCCCUCCAUAUCGUUUGUCGGGUUUGACAGAAGAUUAUUGUUGGUCAUUGUUCAAGCAACGAGCCUUUGGACACGAGGGUGAAGAACGUCUAGAUCUUGAGGAGAUUGGGAAGGAGAUUGCGAAAAAGUGUGGGGGAGUGCCUUUAGCUGCCAAGGCUUUAGGAAGCUUACUGCGCUUAAAAAAUGAAAAAAAUGAGUGGCUUCGUGUGAAAGAUAGCGAAAUUUGGAGUUUGUCACAAGAUGAAAAAUGCUCCAUAAUGCCCGCACUAAGAUUAAGUUACAAUAAUCUUCCAUUGGAGUGUAGACAGUGUUUUGCUUAUUGUGCCAUAUUUGAAAAGGAUUCUAGAAUCGAGAAGGAUCGUAUAAUUCAUUUAUGGAUGGCUACUGGUUGCAUUUCAUCUAAUGGAACAAUGGAGUUGGAAGAUAUUGCUAAUAAGAUAUGGAAUGAAUUGCAUUGGAGAUCUUUUUUCCAAGAGGUGGAGAAUGAUGAAUUUGGCAAUAUUGAAAGUUUUAAGAUGCAUGAUCUUGUUCAUGAUCUUGCUCAAUCUAUUAUGGAAGAUGAAUGCCACAUGAUGAAGGUUGAAAGGCCAGAGAAUAUGCCAAACAAGAGUACUCGUCACCUAAUAUCCGUUCAUGACUCCAAAGUAUUAGAAAAUGUUGAAUCUUUGAGAACAUUAUUUGUGAAUAUGUUUUCUCCUAAUGUCAUGAAAUUUAGUACCUUACGAGUUUUGGAUGCAAGCGGAACUUGUAUAAGUGAGCUGCCGUCUUCAAUUGGAAAUUUAAUCCAUUUAAGGUACUUGAACCUUUCGAAUAAUGGCUUUAUUGCCCUCCCCAACACAAUAUGUAACUUGCUGAAUUUGCAGACCUUAAACCUCGAAUGUUGUGAGAGUCUUGAGAGGUUACCCAAGUACAUGAGACGCUUGACCAAUCUCCGACAUCUAUUUUUGGAAGGCUGUAAUAGGCUAACACAAGUAGCUCCGAAAAUUGGGCAAUUAACCAGUCUCAAGACAUUAAGUCUUUUCAUUGUGGAUGGGAGGACUGGUUUUCGUUUGGGUGAAUUGCGAGGCUUAAACCUUGGAGGAAAAUUAGAGAUUGAACAUCUGGAGAGGGUGGAGAAUUGGAUGGAUGCUAGAGAAGCCAAUUUAAUCGAAAAACAGAACAUCUACAGCUUGGAAUUGCGGUGGACAUUUGAAGUUGAAUCAGAGUCGUCAUUGGCAGAAAAUGCUGAACGGGUACUUACCGUACUUGACGCUCUUGAACCUCACCCAAAUAUGAAAGAGUUGAUCAUAGCAAAUUAUCCAGGUACCUCUUUCCCACUUUGGAUGAGGGAACCAGUGCUUGAAAAUUUAGUGACUGUUCAACUCUUUGGUUGUAAUAAUUGUCAAAAUCUUCCGCCAUUUGGUCGAUUGUGUUUCCUAAAAGAACUGGAAAUAGGGUGGUUGAAAGAUGUGGAGUACAUAGACAAUGAUGAUUCUGGCCACGGUGGAGCAGCUGGAAUGAAAUUCCCUUCUCUGGAGAGGCUGUUUAUUAUUGAAUUGCCAAGUUUGGAAAGGUUGUCAAGAGAGGAAGAAAAAGAUGUAGUAGUAUUCCCUCGUCUUUCCUGUUUGGUCAUUAAAGAUUGCCCUCAACUGACAUUGCCAUGCCUUUCGUCACUCGAUCUUUUAUGUGCAUUGGGAUGCAGCGAUGUCUUAUUAAAUUCAAUCUCAAAUUUUACUCGUCUUACCGAGCUUGCGAUUCAGAGGAAUCAUCAGCAACUCUCCUACCUGGAAGGGUCGCUACAGAACCUCACUGCUCUGAACUCACUGCAUAUCUAUGGAUGUCGUGAGGCAGAGCAAGGACUACAACGUCUCCAAUCUUGUGGUUUACGUGGAAUUAAAGAAUCUGUUGGUGGAAUGAUAGAAUCCCUGUCCGAGGCAAAUCAGUCCUUUGAAGCCCUUACGGCUUCGACUCUUGAGGGAUGGCCAGAGGUCGUUUCUCCACCGGAGGAUUGUAUUAAUUGUAAACACCUCCAUUCCCUCAGAUGGCUGCAAUUUUCUGACAAUUUGGACUUGGUGGAUUUGCCGGAGGCCUUACAGCAUGUCCCUGCACUGCAAUCUCUACACAUCAUAAAUAAUAAAGAGCUGACAUCGUUACCUGAGUGGUUGGGAAAUCUUGCAUCUCUUCAACAACUGAGUAUUUGGCGUUGCCCUAAGGUUGACUCACUUCCAGACACCAUUCAAAGCCUAACCAAUCUCACAACUCUGGUGAUUUCGGGAUGUUGUGAACAACUCAAAAGAAGAUGCGAGAAGGAAGGGGGGGAGGAUUGGCAUAAGAUAGCACGCAUACCAUAUGUUCGUAUAAAUGAAUAGCACAUGCAGGCGAUGGGAAGAAUUACAACGAGGCAGGGAGGCAAGUGUGUCUCAUCAUCAUAUUACAUGUGGUGCCCAUUUCAUGUUACAAAAGAUAAUCUGAUCGAAGUGUACUAUAGAUUGCCAGAUUCUUCUUUCAAAUUCUAACUUUACAUGAUGUUCACAUCAGUUGAGAUGGAUCAAACAAAUCCUUUUGUUGGAGGUUUGUUUUGGAUGUUUGUAAGCGUUCGAAAGAAGAAAAUCAUAACUGGUAUGGUGCCAACAAUGAACACAUGCCUUAUGUCUUUAGGUGGAUGCAAUUCAGGCUUGUGGAGGUCAGAAGGCAAAUGCAUUCGGUCAGGUGGUUAUGGAACAUCCUCAAAACACGCGAGCCAAAUGCCUACAAAGAGCCAUUAAUGACAAAAGUGAAGGAAUUUGAG